CUUCCCCGAAGCACCUGCUAGAGGUACGGUAUCGGUAAUUUGGUCUAAAUAAAAAGAACCUCUUCAGAAAAGUCAGUCAGAGUCAUGUCGUCCGGGGACCAUGUGGGACCCUGCUUAGAGCAUGCCAGACCCCCGAUGAAUUUUGAUGCUGGAUAUCUGGCUGGGUUUUGUGCGAGGAGGAACAGCGCUGACUCAACAUCAAGCCUUCCAGGCUCAUCAGCAAUAGAUGAAGAGUACAAGUUCACCGAGAUAUCUCAUGCUGCCCAGGUCCUCACAGGCUUGAACCAUCUACGUAUUUCACAACAGUUUUGUGACAUGACUCUAGCUGCUGGCGGCCAAGAGUUUAGAUGUCACAAGAUCGUGCUGGCUUCAUUCAGUCCAUAUUUCCACGCAAUGUUCACUGGUAACUUAGCUGAGAGCACACAAGAUACUGUAACUAUAAAUGAUGUUGAAGCUUCUGUAAUGGAGUUGUUGAUAAAUUAUGCCUACACUUCAGAAAUUCUCAUAAAUAGGCAAAAUGUUCAGGCACUUCUCUCAGCAUCUAAUUUACUUGAAAUUUUACCAGUGAAGGAAGCUUGUGGCCAAUAUUUAGAACAAAACAUGGAUGAAACAAACAGUAUUGGUAUACAUUGCUUUGCUGAAGCCCAUGCAUGUAUUGAACUUCAACAAAAAUCAAAGAAAUUCAUUCUUAAACAUUUUACCUCGGUCUGUCUUCAGGAAGAAUAUCUACAGCUAACAAAAGAUAAACUCAUUGAAUUCUUACAAGAUGAAGAAUUAAACAUAGACUCCGAGGAACAAGUUUUCCAGUCAGCUGUUCGAUGGCUGGAUUUCAAUACUGAGGGACGUACAGAUGACUUUGAAAAAGUUCUAGAGCAUGUACGUUUGCCGUUGAUAAGUCCAUACUAUCUUUAUGAUGUAGUAGAGAAGCAGGAAGUUAUCAGUAGAUCAGACAAAUGCAAGGUUUUAGUUGACGAGGCAAAGACAUAUCAGUUGUUACGUGACAGGCACUCAGAACUCCAGUCAACUAGAACACAACUUAGAAAAUCCUUGGGCUAUAUGGAGGUGAUUAUCUGUGUUGGUGGUGAGGAUGACAAGGUUGUGCUACGCAGUGUAGAGAUGUUUGAUCCUGACUCCUGUCGGUGGAAGCCUCUUGCCUGUCUUCCCUUUGCAAUCAGUAAACAUGGCAUGGUUUCUUCAGGAGAUUACAUCUAUUUGGCUGGUGGGGAAUUCCCUGAUGGUUCUGCCAGCCGCAGUAUGUGGAGAUUUGAUCAGAACCUUGACACCUGGAUGGAAAUGGUACCAAUGAAUAUGGCAAGGUCUGAACUAGGUAUGGCAAUGUUAGAUGGUCAUGUUUACGCAAUAGGAGGUUGGGAUGGGUCAAGUAGGUUAGACAGUGUGGAAAGGUAUAACCCAGUGUUGAAUACAUGGUCAUUUAUACCCCCUAUGAAGAUUGCACUGACCAGUCCAGCUGUGGUUGCCCUUAAAGGUCUUCUAUAUGUGACAGGUGGUGCAGUGCUGGAGGAUGGUGAUGGAAUAGAUCUGGUACAGUGUUACAGUCCCAGGACAGACAUGUGGAUCGACCGACCAAACAUGCAGAUACCUCGCUCUGGCAGUGCAUCUUGUGUUCUAGAUGGACUCAUCUAUGUUAUAGGAGGUUGGCAUGCAUCCACUGAGAACACAAACAAAGUGGAGUGUUACGAUCCAGAGAGAAAUGAGUGGUUGCAGAAAGCUCCGAUGCUUGAGAGAAGGUACCGACCAGGUGUUGCUGUGAUAGGUACCAAGAUAUAUGUCUGUGGUGGCGAGGAGGGAUGGGAUAGAUAUCAUGACACUAUAGAAUGUUACAACUCGAUGACAGACACAUGGGAGAUUGUUGGAGAGAUGUUGACAAGUAGGAGUUGGCUAAGCUGUGUAUCAAUGAGAAUCAGGAAAGACAUGCAUAAUGCAGAGUGCCAUAACAAGUGUACAUGCUCUGUAUGAUAACAACUUCAGUAUGUGUACCUGCUCCAUCUGAAAUGUGUACAUGUUCUGUGUGACAACAACUUCAAUACGUGUAACUGUUCCAUUUGAAACCAUUUUUUCAAAAUGUGUACCUGCUCUGUGUGAUAUUGUCAUCAAAUUAUGUGCAUGCUACAUGUGGUAACAGCUUCAGUAUGUGUACCUAUUCCAUUUGAAGUCAUUUUCAAAAUGUGUACAUGCUCCAUGUGAUAUCUUCUUCAAAAUAUGUGUAUGCUGCCUUUGAUAGCAUCUUCAGAUAUAUACUUGCUCUGAGUGAAUGCUCAAUGCGUGAUCUUUCAAAAGUGCACAUGCUUCUCAGAAUAUCAUUUUCAAAAUUUGCACUGGUCAGUGUGAUAUCAUCUUUAAACCUUAUACAUGUUCUAUGUGAUAUCAACUUCAAAAUGUGUAUAUUUUCCUUGAGGUAACUUUAAAACAUAUACAUACUCCAUGUCUUACCAAACAUGCUAUAUGGGAUAUCAUUUCUAUGUGAGCUCUAGAUGGUAUUUUCACAAUUCUCUGUUUCCAGUGUGUUUGCAAAAAGAUUCCAUGUACACUUGUUCAAUAUGUGUGCAAGCGAAAACAUUGUGGAUAGGGUGUAAGUAAGAACUAUUUGGAUUAAUGGCUAGAGACCACCACUUAUUAUGCUCCCCGAAGGGCGAGCAUAUAGUUGCUGCUUUGUCCGUCCUUCCAUCUGUCCGUCACACUUUUGUUUAGAGUAUAACUUGAAAAGCAUUAAUGGCAUUUGAUUGAAACUUCACAUAAUCAUAGAGACCAUUGAGACAAAGUGCAAUGUCAAAGAAUCAUAACCUUACCUUACCAUACCUAGUUUUUUAAUUAUCUCCCUUUAUUAUACAAAAUAAGGCUUGUCUGGAGCAUUACUUGAAAAAGAUUAAUGGCAUUUCGUUGAAACUUCACAAAAUGAUAGAGGCUAUUGACGGGAAGUGCAGUGUCAAAGAACCAUAACUCUACCUUAUGUAGUUUUUGAAUUAUAUGCCUUUCUUAUACAAAAUGGGGCUUGUCCGGAGAAUUACUUGAAAAAUAUUAAUGGCAUUUCACUGAAACUUUACAAAAUGAUAGAGGCCAUUGAUGGUAAGUGCAGUGUCAAAGAACCAUAACUCUACCUUACGUAGUUUGUGAAUUAUCUCCCUUUAUUCAAUUUUCUUCUUUUUAUUAUCUCCAUUUUUUUGGUUUCUAAUACGUUAUUCCCCAUAUUGGGACAAGCACAUGCAUCUGGGAGCAUCAUUUGGUUUUACCGAUUCCUUGUUUUUUUAUAGCCUUUCAUUAUAAUAUCAUGAUGUGUACGGCCUUCCAUAAAUCAAACAUGUAGAUCUAAUCACAUUUUGUUCAAGAACUAUCUUAGUUCCACCAAAAUAUCAGAUGAAAAACAUAUGAAUAGUAAUACUUUAUUUGAGAAAUAUUUGUGUGAAAGAGAUGACCCCCUGUUAACUCCAUUUGCAUGGUGGUAGAAGUUAGUUUUAUAAAUCUUUUUUUUUUCAGUGCAUAUAAAAUGUAACAGAUAUUGUCAAAAUGUAUAAUGAAAUUCUUUGACUGCAGUAAAAAAUUGAAUUUUGAAAAAAAGAAUCACUUCCUAGACAUUAACAUUACCUUAUUCCUAGGUAUACAGUUAUUUCAUUCUCAGUAAGUACUUUCUUGAAUUGGUGGUUUUUGACCUGAUAUACAGUAUGAUAACAACAGAUAUUUGUACAAAAUUGAGACGGGUCUGAACAGAUCUGGGUUAGAUUUUUGUGCUUAAUAAAGAUGAAAUUAGGAACUGUAACAUAUCAAGUUAUUUGUUCUGAAAAUAGAUACAACAGUUAUAAUGGAAGAACAUGUUUUAAUUCAGUCUGUAUAAAAAGGUUUUGAAAUGGAGACUCUUAAGUCAGAUGAUGAAAAUAAGGGUGAUGGAUAUAUGAUUUUAUUUAGAUUUGUCUGUAUUAAACCCACACUUAAAAGAUUUGUUACUAAGAUGCAGAUAGAAGUGUACUGGUGCCACAAUAAAAAUAAAAUCCCUACCCCUAACUACACACUUGUACUCUGGGAAAGUUCACAUGGCUCCUUGGAUGUUUGGCCGCUUAUAUCUUACAAAAAUUACGGCUCAGCUGAGAAAAAUCUCAAGACUUAAGAAAAUGUUUAGUGAAAGCCAACUUGAGAAAUUUCUCAACUGAGACAAAUCUCAGACAGUUUUGAGAAAAUCUUGAGCUGAGAAUUUUCUCACUUUGAGAACAUUAGUGAAAGUGGGGCCAGGUCUCGUGUUUACCUCCAAAUGUGUGAGAUAGAUAGUAAGAUACAUGUAUUUAAUACAAUUAUCUGUGUGCUAUAUUUGAAUAUUGCAUACAUCGGAUGUUGGUAGGUUUGUUUGUUUGUUGGUAGAUUUGGUUGUUUGAUAUAAACUUGUGAUAUAUUUGCAGUCUAUUUCCAUUAGCACUAGUACAUAAACAGUCUUGUCAUUGAUAAAGUUGUAGUCGUGUUAAGUUUCACUGGCCUUUUUCCUGACAUACAUUACAUGUGGUUGUAAAUAUGCAGACAAACUGUUUUCAUUUACAUGAAUCUGAAAUGUUGAUUUGAAUGUAGUUGUUCAUUCCACAUUUAGCCUCUGGUUUUCAAUCGUUACAGUGCUAUUAUUAUACGCCCGUUUGAAAAACGGGACGUAUUAUGGGAACGCCCCUGGCGGGCGGGCGGGCGGCGUCCACAGACCUUGUCCGGAGCAUAUCUUCUACAUGCAUGAAGGGAUUUUGAUGAAACUUGGCACAGUUGUUCACCAUCAUGAGACGGAGUGUCAUGCGCAAGAACCAGGUCCCUAGGUCUAAGGUCAAGGUCACACUUAGAGGUCAAAGGUCAAAUUCAAGAAUGACUUUGUCCGGAGCAUAUCUUCUUCAUGCAUAGAGGGAUUUUGAUGAAAGUUGGCACAAUUGUUCAUCAUUAUGAGAAGGAGUGUCAUGCGCAAGAACCAGGUCCCUAGGUCUAAGGUCAAGGUCACACUUGGAGGUCAAAGGAUACAAGAAUGAAAACUUUGUCCGGAGCAUAUCUUCUUCAUGCAUGGAGGGAUUUUGAUAUAACUUGGCACAAAUGUUCACCACCACGAGGCGGAGUGUCAUGUGCAAGAACCAGGUCCCUAGGUCUAAGGUCAAGGUCACACUUAGAGGUCAACGGAUACAAGAAUGAAAACCUUGUCCGGAGCAUUUCUUCUUCAUGCAUAGAGGGAUUUUGAUAUAACUUUGCACAAAUGUUCACCACCAUGAGGCGGAGUGUCAUGCGCAAGAACAAGGUCCCUGGGUCAAAGGUCAAGGUCACACUUAGAGGCCAAAGAUCAGAUACAAGAAUGACUUUGUCCGAAGCAUUUCUUCUUCAUGCAUGGAGGGAUUUUGAUGUAACUAGGCACAAUUAUACACCAUCAUGAGAGGAAGUGUCAUGCGCAGUUCCCUUCUUUAGAAUUACUUCCCUUUGUUGUUACUAUAAAUAGCUUAUAUUGUAACUUUUUCAUUACUAGUCAUAGGGAAAAAUCGAGACCACUUUUCUGUAGUACAACAUGCAUGCUACAUCCAAUUUUGAGGUGUAUUUUGACCAGUCUCUACCUGGUAAAGAUUUUUGUGAGGACUUACAAUUUUUUUUUUUUUUUUUUUUUUUUUUUUUUUUUUUUUUUUAAGAUUAACUUCCCUUAGUUGUUACUAUAAAUAACUUAUAUUGUAACUUUUUUAUAAUUGACUGUAGGGAAAAACCAAGACCACUUUUCUGUGGUACAACAUAGAUGUUACUUUCCAAUUUUAGGUGUAUUUUAAGGUAUCUCUACCUGGUAAGGAGUUUUUUUGUGGACUUAGAAAACAAAACACUUAGUUAUUACUAAACAACCACAAAAUUAAAAUUCCAUUUGCAAAUACAGGUGCUAGAGUAAAGAAAUUUGCUGUGACGGGCGUAUAUUGUGACAUUCUUGCACUCUUGUAUUAUAUUUGUGAUAAAUCUAAAUGGAACCAAGUUUUGUUUAAAUCAUGUACAUAUUGUUUAUAUGACACAUUAUAAUGUAAAUAGAACAAAGUAGAAUAACUAGGCAUGUAUGACAUGCAUUUUUUAGCUCACCUGAGCACAAAGUGCUCAACGUGAGCUUUUGUGAUCGCCCUGUGUCCGUCGUCCGUCUGUCGUCAACAGUUUGACUGUUAACACUCUAGAGGUCACAACUUUGGCCUAAUCUUAAUGAAACUUGGUCAGAAUGUUACCCUCAUCAAAAUCUUGGACAAGUUCAAUAUUGGGUCAUCUGGGGUCAAAAACUAGGUCACCAGGUCAAAUCAAAGGAAAAGCUUAUUAACACUCUAGAGGUCACAAUUUUGACCCAGUCUUAAUGAAACUUGUUCAGAAUGUUACCCUAAAUAAAAUCUUGGAUGAGUUCGAUAUUGGGUUAUCUGGGGUCAAAAACUAGGUCACCGAGUCAAAUCCAAGGAAAAGCUUGUUAACACUCUAGAGGUCACAAUUUUGGCCCAAUCGUAAUGAAACUUGGUCAGAAUGUUACCCUCAUUAAAAUCUUGGACAAGUGUGAUAUUGGGACAUCUGGGGUCAAAAACUAGGUCACCAGGUCAAAUCAAAGGAAAAGUUUGUUAACACUGUAGAGGCCACAUUUAUGAUGUAUCUUCAUGAAACUUGGUCAGAAUUUUAAUCAUAAUGAUCUCAAAGUUCAGUUUGAAUCUGGGUCAUGUAGGGUCAAAAACAAGGUCACCAGGUCAAAUCAAAGGAAAAGCUAGUUAACACUCUAGAGGCCACAUUUAUGACCAUAUUUAAUGAAACUUGGUCAGAAUGUUAAUCUUGAUGAUCUAUAGGUCAUGUUCAAAUCUGGGUCAGGUGGGGGUCAAAAACUAGGUCACUGGGUCAAAUCAAAGGAAAAGCUUGUUAACACUCUAGAGGCCACAUUUAUGACUGUAUCUUCGUGAAACAUAGUCAGAUUGUUAAUCUUGAUGAUCUUUAGGUCAGGUUCGAAUCUGGGUCAUGUGGGGUCAAAAACUAGGUCACCGGGUCAAAUCAAAGGAAAAGUUAGUUAACACUUUAGAGGCCACAUUUAUGACCAUAUCUUAAUGAAACUAUCUUGAUGAUCUUUAGGUCAAUAGGUCAGGUGAGCGAUAUACAGGGCCUUCAUGGCCCUCUUGUUUGUUUUAACACAUUUUUCUCUGGAUCUGAAUUUUCUUCCAACACAGCAUUUUAUUUUAUAAUUUUGUAAUUGUGAGAAAAUUCAACAAAUUGCUGUUUGACUUGAACAGAUGAAGAACAGUUAUGUAUUAGAUGGUGAAAGACUUCACUUUAGCAAAUUUUUUUUGAUAAUAUUCUAGCCAAAACUAUGUUAGAUAAUUUGUUUCUUUUUAAAUAAAAUGCUUGAAAAAAGAAGCAGAUGUGA